AUGGCUUCAGAAGGGCAGAGAGAGGAUACAGAGCGUUCAUCUGAGCCUCCUGCAGCUCCUGCUCAGAGUGCCAGAACAUUGCAAUGGGGAGCCAUACUUGCUGCAGUGAAAGAUCAGCUCCCAUCUCUGGACUCUGAUGCCUCCACAUCGGAUUGUGAGAGCGAUGGGGAGCUUUUCAUCUUUCAGCGGGAAUGCCCGAACUUAAUUCCUGACCUGUCAGAAGAACUGAUGGAGUUUUCCCUGGAAGACUCAAACAUGCAGCAAACCCAGGAAACAGAAAGAUAUCCAUGGGAGAUCUGGAACAGAGAUCUGGAAAGCUUUGGCUUUCAGAAAAAAACAGAUGGUGCCCAAAUCAUUGCAAAAGAAGAUGUACAAAUGGUUAAAGAUGAGACUUCCAAUCUUGCCAACUAUACUGAAGAAAUUCCAAGCCAAAAGGGAGCUGUUCUUGAAGAGUCUCUUGGAGAUUCCACAGAUCACCUUGAAGAUAAAGAACUGGGCAGGAGACAGGCUGGGGAAAGAGGGAACUCUUGGCUUGAUACAGCAUUGUCUGUGGAAGAGCUGGGCAGUCACAAAGAGAGAAGAAAGCUGAUAGAGACAAAGAUGCUCUCCAAAAUAACUCUGGAGCCGUCUCCAGGCCACCCAGAGCUAGAUGUGGAGCCUCCCUCACAUGGAAUUAGCAACAGUCUAGGAAGAGUUGCUAAGGAAGAAAUCUCCUCAGAUGAUCAUCUUCAAGAACUGACUCAUUUGUCUUUGCAGAAUUUUGGGAAAUGGGAUCUAGACAAGAUUCUUGAGGAGCUGGAGCAGCAGAAAGAGACCUUCAGGAGGAGGUCUGAAAAUGAGCUCAUGGAAAAGCUAGAAGAGCUGUGUGCCAGGCAGUCCAGGACAGUGUCUCCACACUGCAGGUGGCCAUCAGCCAAGCUCUCCUCCUUUCAAGAACAGCAAGAGAAUAAGAAGGAUGUUGCCUUCCUAUCAGCUUCACGAAGUUCUCUACAGAUGGACAUCAUGAGAUUACAGUGCCUGCCAGAGCCUGUAACCGUCUACGUAGAUUUAAGAGAUCCUAAACCACAGAAGUCAGUAACGUUCCUUGAUGAGAAACAAAGUGCAAGCGACAGCUCCACUGAAGAAGAAGAGGCUGUGAUGAUUGAGGACCAAGCAGAAAGGAGAAUGAGGAAUUGCUCAGGGAAAAGCCUCCUACUGCAACAACUCCGUACAGCCCGUAAAGAAGCCUCGGAGCUUCUCCAUAAAACAUCUACCCUGGCUGAAAGACUUGAAGGCAUAGAACAGGAUCCAGAAAGUCUGGAAGAAAGAGGUUCCUCUAAAAUAAGUCAAACCCAACGUUUUAAAGAAGCGUCUUAUCUGCCAGAUAUUGACACAUUGCCUAGACCACACAGUAUGAAAAAUGAGGCGCUGCUUAUGACUGUUUGGCUGUCAAGUUGUGGCCAAGUAGCUACAGAUGAGCAUGGUGGGCAGGUGCCUGACGUGGUGCUGAGAGCAGCCAACAUCUACCAGGCCCUUGUGACGUGGCUUCUCUCUCUGGUGCCUCCUGUGAAAAUGAAAGGCAGACCCGAAGCUCCGUUUCAGGUGGUGGGGCUGCAGCAGGUCUGGCAAGAGGAUGGCUUGGCCUUACACGCUUGUCUAACGCCAGCAGAGGAGUCUGCAGCCCAGAACAGCACCGAGAUCCAGAAGAUAAAAACUAAAGAAGAUCUACAAGGAACGUCCAUUUUUUACCAGAAGAUUUCUGCAUUUCUAGCCUGUACGUGGCUUCCAGAUGUUAUCUGGUGGAGGGCAGAACUGGCCAAUCACUUCCAAACCCAGCUGUGUCCACUUCUUCCUGAAAUUCCCUCUGUCCUGCUCAGUUACGUCACUGCUGUUAAUCCUGAUCCUCAGGCAGUGGAGAAGGUGUUUGUGGUGCCAAAUGGAUUUUACUGGCAGACAGUCGAAACUGAUGAAAAAUACUUCCCUAAUAGCAGCAGCAUCGAGGCUUGCAGAGAUACAGACACUGAGGAGUGCUUACCAAAACGCACCGGACCUCCACCCAUCUACGAUAACUUGUUAACUAUGGUUGCCAUGGUAUUGCUGUUUGAAACUCUCUUCCGAAGUCCCCUGGCUACCCAUCACGUGUUGCAGCUGGUACUCAGUUCUGGUCUGGAUAUCUGUGGACUUCGCCUGCUCUAUCCUCAGCACAACGUGCUGCUCUCUAGCUCAGAAAAGCUGCCUUCUUCCUACACUUCAGAGGCUGGCACGGUGCCACCAGUGCUGGCGUUAAGCGUGAGAGGGCCUAAAGCGCGUAGCACCUUGCAGAAUGUCAUUGGACCCUCUGAGCCGCAGCUGGCCGGCGUGACGGACCGCGAUUCCAUCGAUGCCAUCCACCGCAGGAGCCAAGCGGAGCCUCUCGUCUACCUGCCGCACCCGGACAGCCGCGUGCACAGGGAGCUGUGCCUCUGGUUCGGAGGGAGGGCUGCUGGUGUCCUGGAUCUGCCUUCCCCAGGCAACAGAGCGAGCUCUCAGAGCCCUUCCUCAGCCAGGGCAGAAGCAGAUGAAGAAAAGGUCGAUCUCCAGGGCAUGGUGCUGUCUCAACCUCCAGCAAUGCUUGUCUCAACUACCAAAGGACUGAUGGUUGAACUGGCAAAGCAAGGCCUCCUUGGCAAGAGGCAGAGCGACCUGCCCGCCGCUGCCAGGCUGGAUCCCUCCGGGUACCUUCAUGUGGCUCCUUACACCGAGACCUUGCUGCAGGCACUGGGAGGAAACCUCAGUGCAGUGCCAGACCCCCGUGAUAUUCCUCUGGAUCUUUUCUGGAAUCGAACAUACGCUUCUGAUCCUGAAAUGGAGCAAGUUGUCAUGCUGACAAUGAUUGGAACGGACGCUAUGAAGAGUGCUGGAGAGCUCUUUCACCAAAUCCUUCUUCCUGGGCCCGAAGGACCCGAUUCAGGAUGUGAGCUCAUAGGUCUCAAGUGGUUGCCCCGUCUCACUCGAUGCCAGGCAAGAGAAAUAACCCCUUUUGAGGUCGGAGAUAGUCCCUGGCAAAGAAGCCUUGAUACACUAAUGUCAAACCCAGUCCUCGUGUGCGCGUUGCGGCGGAUCAACGCCUUCGAAGUUCUUGCAGAUGCACUGAAGAGGUUAACAAAACGCAGGGAGCAGCUUAGUGAAAGUGGCAGUCUUCUACAGACAGUAAUGGCCUUGACCCCAGAGGUGACAUUCAGACAAGCCAUCCUCCUCUUCACAGAGACAGAUUUUGUAACUGAUGCAGAACACCGCCCUGCCAUGAAAUACCUGCCACCACCUGGCAAGAGGUCCAGGGCUGAAGUGGGAGAGAGCCAGAGGUGCCACGCGGAGUCACUGUUUACCUACUUGCAAGCAGGAGCCCAGAUUCUUUGCACAGUGCUGCUGAUCAAACCUGGUGCCUGGAGCUGUAGCCUUGCAAGGAUCCUCCGAAAUCUAGACCUAGAGAAAUUCAGUGUGGUUGGGAUGAAACACAUAAACCUGGAAGCAGACGUUGCCUUUGGACUCCUGUCUUCUGAAGUGAAACAGGAUCCUGCUGGUUUAGAAGCUCAUUGUACCUACCUUACCUCAGGCACUGCUCUCGUGCUGUGUCUUCAGAGGCCAAAUGCUGUGAAGAAGCUGAUAGAUUUACUGGGGCCAGAGGAUCCUAAACUAGCCCAAGCACUAGAUCCACUCCUCUGGAGGGCUCAGUAUGGCAUCAGCACAGUCCAGAAUGGAUUUUACGGCUCCACAUCCUAUCAAACAGCUGUCCGGGAUAUGAAGCUGUUUUUCCCAGAAGGGCUGUGCUGCGCCCAGUGUCAGACUUUAGAGGAGGAAGAGAUCUACAACCUGAAACGUGACCCCAUAGUCAGUGUGGGAAUCAACAAGCAGCGCAAGAUCAUAAAACGUGAAGCAGGAGGGCGGCUCGAUUUCUUGGGCACUGAGCAACCAUGCGGUCUUGAUCGGCCGUUGCUUGAUAACCUCUGCCAAACCACUUGCCUCGUAUUGCCUGGGAUAAUCCUUCGGGGUUCGGAGCGCCCGCCCUAUGUCGAACUGCUUGAUCAGCUUGUUGGCAAAGAUUUCACGGUGACUGGAGUACGCCUCACGGUCCUGGACGCACCGCAAGCUCACUGCAUCUCUGAGGCACUAAGCAGAGCGAAGUGCAGUGUUGCAGCAAAGUGUUCCCUCUUAAUGGAUGGCUUGUGCCUGGUGCUAGCAGCGCAGCGAGACAACGCGGUCCUUUGCUUCGACUCCCUGCUGGACAG